AGCGGCGGAGCGGAGCUGCCCCUUUAAGAGGGUGACGCCGCGUUCCCAGCGGUGCUCCGACGGCGGGCGGGAACGAGCGAGCGAGCGAUGGCGCUGAACGGAGCGGCCGAUGUAGGCCGCGGUAGUGUGUUGAUGUCACAGGAUCAUGUGGAGCUGUCGUUCAGUGACGUCGGCAACAAUGUGGAAGCUUUCAGAGGCUCAAGGAAGGGAACUAUUUACCUGAUGUCCUACCAACUAAUCUUUGUGGCAAAAGAUAGCAGAGAAGCACUGAAAUCAUUCACAAUGCCGUUUUACUUGAUGAAUGGAUGCGAGAUUAAACAACCAGUCCUUGGGGCAAACUACAUCAAAGGCACCAUCAAUGCCGAGCCAAAUGGAGGAUGGCAAGGUUGUGCAACCUUUAAACUUACCUUCAUCAACGGAGGAGCCAUUGAAUUUGGCCAGCUGAUGUUACGGACAGCUCAACAGGCUUCCAGGGGCACAGUCCAAUCAGAUGUAUGCUGCUACAACUUCAUGCCAAACAGUGUAGGUGUAAUGGCACCACCCAUGGAGGUGCCAAUGUACCCUCCAGCACCAUCUGCCAUGUUUGUUUACCCACCCCCACCUCCAGCAGUGGGAUUUUACCCAGGACCACCUCCCACAGAGCGUACAAUGAACUAUAUGCCACCGCCCCCUUAUCCUGGACCAAUGACCCUUCCUGCGGGAGAUGGAGGGCAACAGAUGCCUACAGCACCAGUGAAUUUUGCAGAAGGGGAUGGAGGUGUAAACAGGAGACUGCCAAACCCUCCCAUUACGCAUGUGCCCAUGGAGCAGCCCCCUCCAUACUCGGCAUAUGCCAAGAGCCAGUGACAGCAGGGUGAUGAGCUGGUAACUGCAAUGCAUCGACCCACAACAUGCCCCUUCCACACUGCUCUCAACCCAUAACAAUAACCAUUCAACUGGAGAUCACAGGAAGGCGGCGAUUCAACCUAUCACAUCUGUGCGGACUCUAUCUAAGAGCAAUCUAGCAAUUGUUUGUCACUACAACUCCGUGAAUACUUUAUAUUUCAUGCCAGCUCCCUUCUGAACACAACAGAAGGGCCUGUCUCCCUAUGUUAGUGCAUUCCACGCCCAAAAUACUCGCUAUAUAAGUAAGGGUUUACUUGUGUUAAUUUUAAUUAUUUUGUCAAUCAUUCGUUCUGAUAGCUCCCCCGAUAGAGCAAAUUAAAAAAACUGUUAUUUAUGCACUCUGCAUGAUUUUGAUUGCAGCUUUCAGAUUCCCUCUCCACCUCCUCAUCUGAAAUAUUUGGGGAAACCAGCACAGUUUAUCUGAACAUUGUCACUUCAUUGCAAUACCUCUAAUGGACUCUGCAAACUAGUAUACAUGGCCUCGCUCUCCACUGUCCCAUCCCGUCCCUCCCAUGUGCACAUUGGGCAGCCAGAGUGAAACCACUGAAGCCGCACAUAGCUACUGCUGGGAUCGUAGGUAAAGAAGUGUGAAAAAUAACCAAAGGAUAAACUGAGUUUACAGUUCCCAUCACUGAAUUUCAUUUUUGGUAGCAAGGUUUGUAAUGCCUGCAUUUUCCCCAGGCUAUGCAAAUCUCUGCACCAGGAACUAUGUUAAAGCAAAGAUUUUGCAAAUCAGCUAACACAUGACCAUAGGCCAAUUAUUUAGAGAGCCAAAUUUCAGAGUUGCUUAGAGCCUUCAAAAAGCCAUUGCUCCGUUCUUACGAAUGCCUCCAUUCUACCUGCUGCCAACCUCCUGCCCUUGAGUAAUUGACCACAAUGCAGGAAGAGCUUGUAUUUCUGUUUGACCAUGCACAGAAUAUCCCAAAGUGAUAAAUGGCCAAUUCAGCGUUGUAAUAAUCGAGGAAAAGCCACAACCAGUUUAUGCAAGGCAAGUACCCCCAAAAAAACAAGACACAAAUUGUUUUAAUGAUUGUAGAUCAAUGUUGUCAAAUCACUAUAACAUCCCUUGAGGAUGUUGCCAGGACAUGAGGGCCUGACAAUAGGGAGUGGUUAAGCAGACUAGGACACUAUACCUUGGAGUGCAGGAGGUUGAGGGGUGAUCUUGGAGGAGUACAAAAUCAUGAGAGCAAUAGAUCGGGUAAACAUGCAGACUUUAGCCCAGAGUAGAAGAAUUGAGUACCAGAGGACAUGGGUUUAAGGUGAGGAUGGAAAUAUUUAAUAGGAACCUGAGGGGAAAUUUAUUUACACAAAGAGUGGUGGAUGCCUGGAACGACCUGCUGGAGGUGGUAAGAAGCAUUUAGAUAGGUGCAUGCAUAGGUUAGGUCUGGAGGGAUAUAUGCCAAAGGCAGGCAGGUGGGACUAGUGUAGAUGGGGCAUGUUGGGCCAAAGGACCUGUUUCCAUGCUGUAUGACCCGAUGCUCUAACCAAGGGGAUGUUUGACAUCAUUCUGUUAGUGCAGAUGAUAGCUUAGUUUUAUGCAUCUUUGAACGUGAGGGCAGAGCACCAUUUGAGGGCAUGUUCCAAGCAUUGUCGCAUCUCAGUGGUGUGGGGUGGGCAGUCCCAAUGGAGCAACAGUGCCAGAUCUGCAAGGUUUGCUGAGACUAUAUCUCUGGGCUCUGCAAGAAUCUUCACACGCGUUUUCAUUGAUUAGUGUUACAGAUGUAUAGACCUACUAUAACUGGGCUGGCAGGCAAAAGAGCUGUGUAUCAAACCUUUGAAUGAAAAACAAAAGGAUGUUCUUCUGUAUGUGGUCUUUGGGCCAUUUUUCCAAUAAUUAUGUGGGCUGGAAGAGGAGAUUUUCCAGAAUGGGACCAUGGAUAAGCACCAGUUAGAUAGAGAGACUGGAGAAUUUGGGAAUACUCUUCAGGAUCAAGAGGUGGAGAUUUAGUGGAGGUGUUUAGAUAAGGUCAGUGGGACGACACUGCUGUGCCAGAAUGGUUCGUCACCAUACGCUUCAGCCAAAGAACCAAGAGGAGGAGGGAACAAGCAACCUGAACAAAUGGCGAAGAAGACUAAAUACAUUUUUAAAAGAGAAUUGGAUAUAAAUGUGAAGGAAGCAUUGGAAAAGGCAAGAAAACUGGAACAAAAUGGAGAGUGCUUUCAAUGGGCUGAGCAGACUCUACAUCAGGGUGCAUUCAAAGCAAUGAAUCACUGGGCUACACCCAUCUGCUCUGCAGAGAAUGCAGUCACUAAGUUGGGCAACAUCUGUGGAAGGAGAAACAAGUUCUGGACAAUGACCUUUCAUUAAUGUGGUUGUCCCACGUCAUUAGAACCUGUUGCCUACACUAGUUGCCUGGACAGAAAUCGGACCAACAUGAGCAGGGAUGGCACUAUUAUUCAAGGGUUGUUGAUGAAAAGUAGAAUCAUUUUUGCACAUUUUUAAAAAGCAGCCAUGGAAGCUGGGAGAGGGAUGUUAAAGUUUCCACAGUUGUUGAUGGGUUAUUGUAGCCACCAGAAAGACAAGCAUCCGUGCAAUUUCUCUCUUGACAAGCCUGCAUUGCCAGUAGUACUGGAGCUUGGGCCCAAUUUUGGGUUGACCCUGUGUCUGUCAGUUAGGCUCAUUGUCAAUUACUCCAUUCCACCUUGCUCUUUGAGUUUAUGUUCACUACCUCCCCAUUGCCCCUCACAAUGUAUUUAUUUAUUUGUUUGCUCAUUUAUUUUAUUUAUUUGCUCAGCUAAUUUAUACAGCAGGAUAAGGGACAAAAAUAAUUCAACAAUGGUCGAGUGAGCGAUGUGUAAUUCCAUGGCCCACACACAACUUACCCCAGCCUUGGUGAGACCAUCUCACUGGCCAGGCAGGAGAUGGGAGAGUAUUGUACUGAUGUAACUGCUGAAAAUGUGAAAUUGCAGGUUACAAUAAACUGUAAUAAAGUGGGUAUUUGAGUUG